UUGUUUAGGCACCGCGACAAAACGCUGGCCGCCGGUAACGUGCAGCGAUAAAGAUGCGGAUUAAUAGUUGAACGUCAAACAGCACGGAUUAGUAAUUACUGUACUAGGAUAAUUUUCCAAUCUAUACCAAUAUCUUUUUAUUCAUGAUGCUGGGCAAUAGGUCUCGAUGAAUGAUUUUAGAAACUUUUAGAAUGAACUCAUUGCGAUUGCACGUGACACUUAGGAGAGGUUAUAACAGCCCAAAUUGUUACAAAUAUUGUACACAAACUAAACAUGAUUUCCCCACUACGUACAAUUGUAAAGAUGUGGAAAGCAAAUGGUACGAUAUCUGGGAGAAGAAUAAAUAUUUCUCGACAAAACAUAGCGAUAAAACUUCAUUCACAAUUAUAUUACCACCACCCAAUGUAACGGGUACAUUACAUCUGGGACAUUCACUGACUGCAGUAAUACAAGAUUCGCUGGCAAGAUGGUACAGAAUGAGAGGCCAUCCAGUUGUGUGGGUACCGGGACUGGAUCAUGCAGGAAUAGCUACGCAGGUGGUUGUCGAAAAGCAAUUAAAAAAAAGUAAGGGAUUAUCUCGGCAUGACCUUGGGAAGGAAGAAUUUUUAUCGCAUGUCGAGAGUUGGAAAAAUGAAAAAGAGGAUGUAAUAUACAAGCAAUUGAAAUCAUUUGGAGCUAGUCUGGAUUGGUCCAGAAAAUUUUUCACCAAGGACGAGAGAUGUAGCAACGCUGUAACAGAAGCAUUUGUUCAAUUGGCUGAACGAAACUUAGUUUAUAGAGAUAAGUCUAUAGUCAACUGGUCUCCAACUCUUCGCAGUGCUAUAUCUGAUAUCGAAGUUGAUUAUAUUCCGGUUACAGGAAAAACUGAAAUAGAAAUUCCUGGUUAUGAGAAAAAAAUCACGUUCGGACAAAUUACUGAAUUCUCUUACAAGCUUCAAAAUUCUGACGAAGUCCUGACUGUAGCAUCUACGCGACCUGAGACCAUGUUAGGAGAUGUAGCGGUGGCUGUACAUCCAGAGGAUGAAAGAUAUUCUCGAUACAUUGGUUCUCAGGUGUGGCAUCCAUUUAGAAAAACUUAUAUUCCUAUAAUUGCAGACCGAUUUGUAAACAUGACUUUUGGCACAGGUGCGGUAAAAAUUACUCCAGCACAUGAUCCAGCUGAUUUAGAAGUUGCUAAAAGACACAAUUUAGAAAUAAUCGAUGUUAUCGAUGAGAAGGGUAACAUAAUAUCGAAAACUGAACUAUUUCAGGGAGUUCCAAGAUUCUUGGUACGUGAACUAAUUUUGACGCAUUUGGCUAAUGAUAAUGCUUUAGGAGAAAUUAAAGAUCAUAACAUGGUAGUACCAAAAUGUUCUCGGUCAGGUGAUGUUAUAGAGCAUCUACUUAAGGAGCAGUGGUUUAUUAAAUGUAAAAGCAUGUCUGCUCUUGCGUUAGAAGCUGUUAAAAAUGGCACCCUAAAGAUUGAUCCAUCUGUACAUGAACGGACAUGGUACAAUUGGCUUGAAAACAUCAAAGACUGGUGUGUAUCAAGACAAUUGUGGUGGGGACAUCGCAUUCCAGCGUAUCUUUGCAGUAACGGUUCAGAAUCUACUUGGAUUAUUGCACGAACUGAAAAUGAAGCUCUGGUCAAAGCUCGAAACAAAUUUGGCAAUGAGGUGACGAUUAAACAGGAUGAGGAUGUUUUAGACACAUGGUUUUCAUCGGCGCUUCUACCCUUUACUGUAAUGGGUUGGCCCAAUCAAACUGGCGAUUAUAAGAAGUUUUACCCGCUGUCAAUGCUUGAAACUGGUCAUGACAUACUUUUCUUUUGGGUAACAAGAAUGGUCAUGCUUGGUACAGAACUAACUGGUCAGUUACCUUUCAAGGAAAUACUUUUGCACGGAGUUUUGUGUGAUAACCAAGGAAAAAAGAUGUCAAAAAGUCUUGGUAAUGUCAUAACUCCGGAAAAUAUUACUCAGGGUAUAUCAUUGCAAAAUCUCAAUGAACAAGCCAAACAGAAUUAUAAAGCUGGUAUAUUUUCGCAUAAGGAGCUAGAGAGAACGGUGAAUCUGAAUAAUAAAAUGUUUCCAAAUGGAAUCCCUGAAUGUGGAAAUGAUGCAUUACGACUUACAUUAUCUUCCCUCGAAAUAAAGAGUCACUACAUAAAUUUUGACGUAAGUGAAUGCGUGACAAAUAAGCUGUUUUGUAACAAAAUCUGGCAAGCAAGUAAGUUUAUCCUUCUUGCAACGUCAAAACAUCCAUGUCUUCCUGAUGCAAAACUAAGUUCAAUCGAUAAAUGGAUACUAAGCAGACUAUCAUCGAUGGUGACAACUGUGAAUGAAGCAUUUUUACACAGAAAUCUUCACCUUGUGACGUCAAAAAUGAAAAACUUUUUUUACCGGGACUUCUGCGAUUGGUAUUUGGAAGCAACAAAGCCAGGACUGGCACAUCUAGAAGGAAAUACAGCCAGUGGACACAUACGUACUUUGAUCAAGUGUCUGGAUGUUUCUCUGAGGAUAAUUGCACCGAUCACACCUUAUCUGGCUGAUGAAUUAUAUUCACUACUGUCUCAGCGCAUAGACACAUUGCCAACUUUGAAGUCACUCAUGCAAACAACUUAUCCCACAUCGGAAGAGUUUCAAGAAUUUAGAGAUGAGGUUCUAGAAGAAAAUAUUGGAAACGUUUGGAAAGUCGUAUCAACGAUAAGAAGUCUUAUCUCUACGAGUAAUAUAAAGUCGAAUACGAGUGAAGCACACGUCGUGCUUAGUGCAGAAGAUAAUAUGGAUUUGUUUAUUGAAAAUUCAAGCGUUAUUGCCGCGUUAAGUAGAGUUCAGGGAGUGAAAGUAGCACUUGAAAAUAAUUACGAUAAAAUGGAGAAUUGUAUAUCUGAUACAGUUGGGAGUCAUGCUGUGAUAUAUCUUUCAAUUAAGGAUCCAAAGCAAGCAGAACAAAUUCAAGACAGGAUUAAAAGAAAGGUCUCCGCGUUAGAGGGGCAAAUGAACCGAUUGUUACAAUUGACUUCAGCACCUGGUUAUAUUGCCAAGGCACCUGUGGAUGUACAGAGCAAGCAUUUGCAAAAGAAAGACAGAAUACGGCAAGAGUUGGAAAAACUCAAGCAAAUGAGAGCAAACAGUGCAUGACCAAAAAGAUUAUUGAGUCUAGCUUGCAAUGUAUGAGAUUUGGUACGCUGUGUGUAGGUAAUUCAACACAUGAGAAUAC